UGGAGUGUGGCCAGAUACCUACUUCCCCCAGUUAAAGGAGUCGGAUCUCUAACUGUUGAUCUGUUCUCUUCUGAGUGAUGGCGCUCACCAUUUUAAUCCUCUGGCUGGCUGGCUGCAUCCUGGCAUUUCCCAUGUACCUGCUGGACUUUCUGGGCUUGUGGAACUGGAUAUGCAAACAGUGGUUCCCCUACUUCCUGGCGAGGUUCACUGUGAUGUACAACAAACAGAUGGAGAGCAAGAAGCGGGAGCUCUUCAGCAACCUGUGGGAGUUCACGGGCCCCUCCAGGAAGCUCUCCCUGCUGGAGCUGGGCUGUAGCAUGGGGGCCAACUUCAAGUUCUACUCCCCUGGAUGCCAGGUGACCUGUGUUGAUCCCAACCCCAACUUUGAGAAGUUCUUGAUCAAGUGCAUUGCCCGCCGACACCUGCAGUUUGAGCCCUUGAUGGCUGCCGGGGUGAACAUGCACCAGGUGGCCACAGGCUCCAUGGAUGCGGUGGUCUGCACCCUGGUGCUCUGCUCCGUGAAGAACCAGGAGCAGAUCCUCCAGGAAGGGUGCAGAGUGCCGAGGCUGAGAAAUUCCUCAGGAAGAAAAGGACUUGAAGACAGUGUUUCAAGGCAAUAGUAUACAGUCGUCCCUAGUAUGCCUGGGGUCCCUCCCUGUCCCCACCACAGAUACCAAAAUCAACACAAGCUCAAGUCCCUUAUAUAAAAUGGUGUGGUGUCUGCAUAUAACUUAUAUGGACCUACCCCCACAUACUUUAGCUCAUCUCUAGAUUACAUAUAAUACCUAACACAAUGUAAAUGCUAUGUAAAGGGUUUCUAGCAUGUGGCAAAUUCAAGUUUGGCCUUUAUUGAACUUUUUGGAU